AUGCAAAUUAAAAAUGUUGCAGAAAGUGAUGUACCACUUUGCACUGAGGACAAUGCUAUACGCUAUAAAUUCCAGCAUCUUUUAUCGAAAAAACUUGAUUUUUCACAUCGCCUUGCUGCUGAAUACGGCGCAGUAAUGUGUAACUUCUUGGCUGGCUUACGAAAACAAGUAAGACAAAACAAUACAGCUCAUGAAACUCUUUUUGAAGAAGCUACUUCACGAACUGCUGCAUCAUUUGAUUAUAUAAAAACUUUAUCGCAACCAUUACGAUUUCCUCCACGUCGUAAACGACGUCAUUUUCAUUCCACGAAAUUAUCUAGUCGACAUCAUCGCCAUCAUGAAAAUCAGAUAAUUGCAGCACGCAAUUCUAUUUUCAAUCCUGAAUUCUUUACUGAUGAAUUUUACAAGCAAUUUUUCAAAAUAUAUAUGCAAAAGUGA